AUGGCUGUGCACUUGAACGCACCUCGUCGUGACGUCACCCGUCAUGCAACAGGGCGAUCGUCGAGUUCGUCCUGUCGUUCGACGGUUUCAGGCAAAAUGUCCGACGCGCCCGAGGAGGAAGUCGUGGCCAAGUUCCUGGACGCCUCAUCUCGCGGCGACCAAGCUCAGGUGACGUCCCUGCUGUCCGCCGUCCCGUCCCUGCUGGAGCGCACCGGCCCGAGAGGAUGGACGGCGCUCAUGCUCGCCGCCAGGAGCGGACACGCCGGCGUGGUCCAAACGUUGCUCCGACACGGGAGCGACAAGAGUCGAGUGAACAGCAGCGGUCAGAGCGCGUCCGACGUGGCCGCCUUCUGGGGUCACCAGCACGUCUCCGCCUUACUGGGCGACCGAGACGGCGCCGGGGUGGAAAACUACUUUGGGAGCGAGCCGCUGGACCGCCUGAGCGCCAAGCGUAGCGACGCCGCUUGGCUGGAGGCCCGGAAGAAAGAUCCCGCCUCCGUCUUCUUGCUCUUCUCCGAUCUCAGCCCCAUGCUGCAUCAGGACCAGCAGGGCGUGCAGCAUUUGUGUCGGCUGGGCUACGAGGCCGUCAAAGAUCUCCUGGAAAAGCCCGAGCCCGUGCUGGUCUUCUUGGGCGUGGAGAAGAGGAGGAAGAACCCAACGGCAACGGAAAAUCCUUCCGAGGAGCUCCCGGCCUGGUUCGCCAUCAGCAGCAACGAGGACCAGGCCGCGCUGCUCGGCCGCAGUCCGUACGGGGAGCAGAAGUGCUCCUUCGCCUCCACGCCGCACCGGGACCUGCUUCUCCUCACCCACGAAGAUGCCGGCGUGCUGGCUCCAGCUCGCGCCCUGCUGGCCUGGCACCAGCGUUACGCUUUCUGCUCCACGUGCGGCGGCGCCACCGUCUCUGAGGAAGGAGGACACAAGAGGAGCUGUCGCAAGCAACAGUGCCCCAGCAACAAGGGGGUACACAACACGUGCUACCCGCGUACUGACCCCGUGGUCAUCAUGCUGGUGGUCCACCCCGACGGUAACCAGUGCCUCCUGGGCCGGAAGAGCGUCUUCCCCGCCGGAAUGUUCUCCUGCCUGGCCGGUUUCAUCGAACCGGGCGAGACGCUGGAAGCGGCGGCGCGGCGCGAGGUCCGCGAGGAGAGCGGCGUGCUGGUGGGCGCCGUCCGCUACGUUUGCUGUCAGCCGUGGCCCAUGCCCUCGCAGCUCAUGAUUGGCUGCCUGUGCGUCGCCGUGGCGACCGACAUCACGGUGGACCGCAGCGAAAUCGAGGAGGCCGGAUGGUUUCCGCGGCAACGGGUGACGGAGGCGCUGCUGGGCGCAGGAUCCCGCCCAGGUUCCGUCCAAUCGGGUCUGGUCCUCCCGCCCAAGCAGACCAUCGCGCACCAGCUCCUGCGUCACUGGAUCGGCACGGCUGCCAACCUGUGAACUUUGACCUCAAUAUUCCAGAAGCACUUACAUGGGAAGAACCGUGUCAUCAACAGAAAACCUUUCUACUGUCAACCCCCCCCCCGAUUUACACCCAAAUAAAAGCGGACGACCACGUCUCGUUCCGACU